UCACGUUCCACAUUUGGCAAGUUGCAUGUCAGGCGUUGGUAUACCAGUUGAUCUCGAGGCAGAAACAAUUACAACUGGCGCUGUAUUAAAAGGACAAUUUUGGUUACCCUACAACGCUACGCAACUUUAUUAUGGUCUCACGGCUGCUGGAUUACCGAUAACAAGAAGCACAGAGAAACGAAAAAGGGGUAUUUUCAAUCCACGAUUGGCAGCCUAUAAAGCUUUGGAAUAUAUCUUGGAUAAUCGAGGACAUAAUGGUGUAGAUUGUAUUUUGAGAGCUAUAUGUGAAGCAGCACAAAUCCCGUUUUCACAGUUCCACCCUAUAACAGAAUUGUUUCAUUUAUUUUUCACACCUUCUUCAAGCGAUGGUGAAAUCAUAGACAAACUUUUGGAUGGCUAUUUGAAUGCUGAAGCUUCUGGCGCCAUUGGUGAUCCUUGCCAUCUACAAUAUUCACGAUGCAAUUUUUCACUCAUAAAUAUCUUAACAACUAUUUUAUAG